CCUACUGAAAGCAGAGAAGGCAGCCAAGGGCAGUUUCCACUCACACAGAAUGUUACAGUUGUUGAAGGGGGAACAGCAAAUUUGACCUGCAGGGUUGAUCAAAAUGAUAACACCUCCCUCCAGUGGUCAAAUCCAGCUCAACAGACUCUAUACUUCGAUGACAAGAAAGCCCUGAGGGACAACAGGAUUGAGCUGGUUCGAGCUUCCUGGCAUGAACUGAGCAUCAGUGUCAGUGAUGUGUCUCUGUCAGAUGAAGGGCAAUACACCUGUUCUUUAUUUACUAUGCCUGUCAAAACUUCCAAGGCUUUCCUUACUGUUCUGGGUGUUCCUGAGAAGCCACAAAUUAGUGGAUUCAUUUCACCUGUUAUGGAGGGAGAGAGGAUGCAGCUAACCUGCAAGACCUCUGGUAGCAAACCAGCAGCUGAUAUGAGAUGGUUCAAGAAUGAUAAAGAGAUUAAAGAUGUAAAAUAUUUAAAAGAAGAGGAUGAAAAUCGCAGAACAUUCACUGUUAGCAGCACGCUGGAUUUCCGAGUGGAUCGGAGUGAUGAUGGUGCCGUUUUAAGUUGCAGAGUAGACCAUGAGUCCCUAAAUUCUACACCUCAGAUAGCAAUGCAGGUUCUAGAAAUACACUAUACGCCUUCAGUUAAAAUCAUAUCUUCCAGUUCAUGGCCAGAAGAGGGACAAUCUAUAGUUUUGACUUGUGAAUCCAAAGGAAAGCCACUGCCAGAACCGGUAUUGUGGACAAAGGAUGGCGGAGAACUACCAGAUCCAGAGAGAAUGGUUGUCAAUGGUAGGGACCUAAGAAUUAGUUUCUUAAACAAAACGGACAAUGGUACAUAUCGAUGUGAAGCAACAAAUCCUAUUGGCCAAAACAGCACAGAGUAUGUCUUGAUUGUACAUGAUGUUUCCAACACUUUGCUUCCCACCACUGUCAUCCCCUCACUUACCACUGCAACAGUCACAACCACUGUAACCUUAACAACCAGCACAACCACAUCGGCAACAGCCAUCAGCACCAGAGACCCAAAUGCUUUGGCUGGACAGACUGGACCUGACCAUGCUCUCAUAGGAGGAAUAGUGGCUGUAGUUGUCUUUGUCACGUUAUGUUCUAUAAUUCUGCUUGGACGAUAUCUGGCAAGACAUAAAGGAACAUAUUUAACAAAUGAAGCUAAAGGAGCUGAAGAUGCACCUGAUGCUGACACAGCCAUUAUCAAUGCAGAAGGCAGUCAAGUCAAUGCAGAAGAGAAAAAGGAGUAUUUCAUUUAGAUGCAGACCUAGAUUCUCUGAGUUUUACUUAUCAGGCUGACUGCUGGAGAAAACUGGCUAUCAUCUUUCAGAAAUCAUUUCUACCAUCUUCUGCAAACUUUAUUAACUUACAUACUGCUACAAGUAGCCAGUUUAUGCCAACAAUCAGUUAUUGACAGCAUCAUUCUUUAAUUACAGUACCAUUCACAAUGCAGGACAUUUCUUAUUGCCUAAAAUUCAUAUUCAUUGCUCUCUUAACAUACAGUGCUUGAAUAUACAGCCUUAACAGUGUUAAUCUUCAUCUUAAACCAUGUUAUUGAGUUUUCUACAUUUUUAAAUGUUAAAUAGCUUUCUUCCUUUCCAGUUUUCUUUUGCCAUGGUCCUUAUCAAUAUGCCAUUGGAUGAUUUUCAUAACCGAUACUAUUGGGUAAGGACCUAAUGUACUUACACAAAACAUUAAAUCGAAGAUUAGAGGUUUACAAAGAAUGUUUUAUACAUGUCUAUAAUUCAAAGGCAACCUGUUUUUGAAACAUAGGCCCUAGGAACCAGAAAAUGUUAUAGUAUAGUUUCUUGUAUGUUUGGUUUGAUGGAAAACGAGUAUCAAUACACUGUAAAAAAAUAGUACCUUGAUACUAAUUCCAUGCUUGGGUGGUAAUUAUAUAAUACUGUAUAUCUAUACAGAGUUUGCAAAGUUAGAUAAUUGUAGCUUCAUUCUGAAACAAAUUUAUUUAGUUCUUUUACUGCUCUUUGGGAUCACAAGAUUAGAUAUCUGUUUCUGUAAUUUUGGUUUUAAUAAUUUAUUUGCUUCAUAUGAACUCACCUGCCUAUUCAGAUUUGAAGUGUUCAUAGGGCACAAUUGCAAGGCAUUUUCCUAUCUGUAUAUAGUGCAUAUAAUAAAUCCAAGUAAACAUUAUUUGAUACAUAUUUAACUUUUUUGGCUAUAGUUAAGUCAGUCACAAGUAAACAUUUUCUAAUGUCCAUUAUAUCCCUUUAGAUAUGACCUAAAUCAAUAUUCUGAAUAGAUAACAUGUAUUAGUAUUUUUUGUCUGUAUGUCCUAGCACUGUUCAGCAGCAAACUUUUCUAGUUCGUUAAUUUUUUCUUUGUUAUACAAUGGAAGCACAAUGUUAUAUGGAAAGGUAGUUUUAAGCUAACAACCAGUGCACAGCCUCAGGUUUUGAAUUACAACCACAUUUGAUUAAUAUCCUUAAAAAUACUGUUAUGUUGCUAAAUUUUCAGUUUUUAAUUUGGCAGUUCCACAGCUGCUUAUCUAUGUUGGUUUGCCAAAAAAAAAAAAAAAA